AUGCAAGCACAACAUGGGAAUUCCAGUGCUGCUACCUCAGCUAGUAUUUUAAUCGUCGUCGCAGACAAAAGGGUGGAGCGCAAUUAGCACUCGCUUGCUUCCAAUUAGCGGCGGAGUUUCUCGUCUGGGCUUUCACAUCCAACCAUCACCAAAAAGACGCCCUUUUUUUUUUUUCCUUUGCUCACUUGGAGCCGCGACGCUUUCGCAUCUUCUUCCUCCUCCGUUGCUCCACGCGCCGAUCGAACCCCGAGUUCCCAUCCUCCCUCCCAAUCGCAACUGCUGCUCAAGUCAACAUCCGGAAUCCUCCCUCGAAUUUGCGGCAAAAGCCCGCGUUUUUUUUUUCGGUGGUGUCUUGGUGCCGCGGCGGCUCUUGAUUCCGACGCUGGUUUUGGUCCGCUUGUGGAGGAGGUUUUCUUGCGAUUGGUGGAUUGAAGCUGCCGCCUUUCUUGCAUUCCGCGCUGUUCUUGGAGCGGAUUCCUGCCUGCGAUGCUCGAGCUCUGCUCGGGCUGUUCCUACGCGUAGUCCCGUCUGGUCUUCCUCCGGGAUUGCAGGGUGGGCUUUUGAUGGUUACUUGUUUCAAGAACUGAAGCUUCUUGAUUGCUGUUUUAGCUCAUUGCAGAUGGAUGGUUGCGAUUGCAUUGAGCCACUUUGGCAGGCUGAUGAUCUCCUAAUGAAAUAUCAGUACAUAUCUGACUUCUUUAUCGCACUUGCAUACUUCUCAAUCCCUUUGGAGCUCAUAUACUUUGUUCAGAAGUCAGCUUUCUUCCCGUACCGAUGGGUAAUCAUACAGUUUGGUGCUUUCAUUGUUCUCUGUGGAGCAACCCACUUGAUAAGCAUGUGGACUUUCACGGCAUAUACCAAGACCAUAGCUGUGGUAUUGACGGUGGCAAAAGUGGCGACAGCAAUUGUGUCAUGCAUAACAGCUUUGAUGCUUGUUCAUAUAAUUCCUGAUUUAUUGAGUGUGAAAUUGAGGGAGAGGUUCCUAAAGGCUAAGGCUGAGGAGCUUGAUAGGGAGAUGGGGAUAAUAAGAACUCAAGAGGAGACGGGAAGACAUGUGCACAUGCUCACACAUGAGAUAAGAAGCACACUUGACAGGCACACUAUUCUAAGAACUACACUUGUUGAGAUGGGAAGAACUCUUGGUUUAGCAGAAUGUGCCUUGUGGAUGCCAUCCCGCUCUGGAACAACCCUUCAGCUCUCACAUACACUCCAUAACAAUGCUCCUCUUGGAUCAGUUGUUCCUAUCAAUCUUCCAAUCGUCACUGCAAUUUUUAAUAGUAAUCGUGCUGAGAGGAUUUCACAUAAUUCCCCAUUGGCUUCGAUAAAGACUAAGACAAGCAGGUAUGUGCCACCAGAGGUCGUUGGUGUCCGUGUCCCACUGCUGCAGCUUACGAAUUUCCAAAUAAAUGAUUGGCCUGAGCUAUCUGCAAAAGCCUUUGCAGUGAUGGUUUUGAUGCUUCCUCCAGACAGUGCACGAAAAUGGCGUCCACAUGAACUGGAGCUCGUUGAAGUCGUUGCUGACCAGGUGGCAGUUGCAUUGUCCCAUGCUGCCAUUUUGGAAGAGUCCAUGCGAGCCCGUGAUCUGCUCAUGGAGCAGAAUAUUGCUCUGGAUGCAGCACGUCGAGAGGCGGAGAUGGCUAUUUGUGCUCGGAAUGAUUUUCUUGCAGUCAUGAAUCAUGAAAUGCGGACUCCUAUGCGGGCAAUAAUUUCUUUGUCAUCCCUCCUCUUAGAAACAAAACUUACUGCAGAACAGCGCCUGAUGAUUGAGACUAUACUAAAAAGUAGCGAUCUUCUAGAAACUCUUUCAAAUGAUGUUUUAGAUAUCUCCAAGCUUGAGGAUGGGAGUCUUGAGCUGGAAAUUGCACCUUUUAAUCUGCAUGCCACCUUUACAGAUGUGGUUGAUUUAAUUAAGCCAGUAGCAGCCUUCAAAAAGCAAUCAGUAAUGGUUCACUUGGCUCCAGAGUUGCCUACCUGGGCAAUUGGUGAUCAAAAGAGGUUGAUGCAAAUAAUACUAAAUGUUGCUGGGAACUCUGUUAAGUUUACAAAGGAGGGUCACAUUUCAAUUACAGCUUCUGUUGCGAGGCCAGAUUCUUUGAGGGACCCAUAUGCUCCCGACUUCCAUCCAGUUCUUUCUGAUGGGUCCUUUUACUUGGCUGUGCAGGUAAAAGACACCGGCUGUGGAAUUAGCCCACAAGAUAUGCCUCACACCUUCACAAAAUUUGCACACCCGCAAAAUGCUACAAACAAAUUGCGUAGUGGCAAUGGGUUGGGGCUGGCCCUUUCCAGAAGAUUUGUCACUCUUAUGCAAGGGAACAUCUGGCUCGAAAGUGAAGGUGCAGGAAAGGGCUGUACCGCAACAUUCUUUGUGAAGCUAGGUCUAUCUGAUAAUAAACCAAAUGCAAAUCUCCGAAGAAUUGCACCUCCUGUCCUGCUAAAACAAGGAGCUGCAGGUCCAGAUACAUCAUCAAUAGCCAACAGCGACAUGCCAAUUCUUCCGCUUUGCUACCAGUCAGUGGUAUGACAAGAAUCGACGGAGGCAACUUCAUCCAACGAGAGGCGAGCUGCAAGCCCAAUUUUGCGAUCAUGAUUCUUAGUUGCAUUCGCAGUGUCCAUGUACCAUACUACCAUGGUGUGGUAGACAUCGUUCUCCCAUUUUGCAGAGGUAUCUUGCUCUUGCCAAGGCUGCUGCUUAUGCACUGUCGCAGCUGCAGACGUGGUUGUGCGAGUCUAUAAUUGUGGCUCGUCUCUAGGGAAUCAAGGGCAAGGAGAGCAGUGUUGGUGUAAGUUGUGACAUAAAGGGUGUUAUUGCAGGUGGUUUAGGGGUGAUGUAGUGUAUUAGGCAGAAAAAAAGCUGAUCUGUACAUGAGGCAAUGAAGUGAACCACAGUGAAACGCUAAUGGCUUUAACAAGGCUCAUGAGCUUGAAAUGAACCGGAAAACAUUGGUCUGAUAAAUCACUGAAUUCUGAAAGAAGUUUGUGCUUAAACUCGUAAGAA